GGGAAACGUUUCGGAAACGUCGCUGGGCUUGGGCCUAGGCGUUUCCGCAGCAACUUAAAAAAAAGGCUUUAAUUAACGGGCUUACCUGCGUCGAAGCCGUCGAACGAAGAGUCGAAGAGUGAAGACUCUGCGGACUGCGAACGAAGAAUCUGCGAACUGGGAACUGGGAACUGCGAUUCUGCGAACGAGGGAGACAAUGUUGAACCGCGAACUGGGAAGUGCGAACGAGGUUCUGCGAUUCUGCUGUACGAUUUCUGGGAAGUGCGAAAGAAAAGGGCGAAGGCGGCGAACUGGGAAGAAAAGAAAAGGGUUUGGAGGUUUGCUAUUUGCUAUUUGGUUCUCUACUUCAGUACUUCUCUUCAAUUUCAAUUAGUAAGUACCACACUACCAACCCUUUAUUUAUACUCAAAUAUGGAACAUACUUCACAAGUUAGUGAUGGUGUCAGUGCUUCAGGGAAUUCUUCUGUUGGGGUUGAUAAUACACCUUUGUGGAAAUUUGUUACCAAAUUAGGUAAAAGUGCUGAUACAGGAGGGACAUGGAGAUUCCAAUGUAAUUUCUGUAAUAGCAUAAAACAAGGAUCUUAUUCUAGAGUAAGAGCUCACUUGCUUAAAAUUUCAAAACAAGGAAUUGCUAUAUGCAAUAAGGUCCAACCUAAUGAUAUUCGUGAGAUAAAAAAGUUAGAAGAAGUUGAGAAAAAUAAAAAAAAUUCUGCACCUAAAGAUGUUCCUUUACCUUCAGCGGGAUCACAAACGGAUUGGAUAAGUAAUACUAGUUUACCUAAUAAAAGAAAAGCUAGUAGUAGUCCGUUGGAGAAAGCUUUUGAUAUGGAUGCUAGAGGGAGAUUAGAUGAAGAAAUUGCUAGGAUGUUUUUUACUGGAGGGUUGCCAUUUAAUCUUGCUAGGAAUCCAUAUUAUGUAAGAGCUUUUUCCUUUGCUGCCAAUCAUAAUUUAGGAGGUUAUGUCCCCCCGGGUUAUAAUAAAUUAAGAACUUCUCUACUUCAACAAGAGAAAGCAAAUGUUGAGAGGUUAUUACAACCACUCAAAGCUACUUGGCCAGAAAGAGGAGUGACGGUUGCAACUGAUGGUUGGAGUGAUCCGCAACGAAGACCUAUAAUUAACUUUAUGGCAACUUCUGGAAGUGGUCCCAUGUUUCUGAAAGCGGUGAAUUGUAUGGGUGAAUUUAAAUCCAAAGAAUUCAUUGCUAAUUUGAUGAAAGAAGUAAUUGAUGAGAUAGGUCAUCAAAAUGUGGUGCAGGUAAUCACUGAUAAUGCUGCGAAUUGCAAGGGUGCAGGAGAAAUCAUUGAAGGUAUGUAUCCCCACAUCUAUUGGACACCUUGUGUAGUGCAUACUUUAAAUCUUGCCUUAAAGAACAUAUGUGCUGCAAAGAAUGUGGAGAAUAACACAGAAGUUUAUGAUGAAUGUCAUUGGAUCACUGAAAUCCAUGGUGAUGCUGUUCACAUAAAAAAUUUCAUCAUGAAUCAUACUAUGAUGUUAUCCAUGUUCAACAAAUUCAUCUCCCUUAAAUUACUUUCUGUGGCGGACACACGUUUUGCUUCUAUAAUUGUAAUGCUUAAGAGGUUUAAGCUUAUUAGACGUGGUCUGGAGGCUAUGGUGUUGAGUGAUGAAUGAGCAUCAUAUCGUGAGGAUGACCAAGGCAAAGCAAGGUUUGUGAGGGAGAAAAUUUUAAGUGAGUAUUGGUGGGAGCAAAUUGAUUAUAUUCUUGCCUUUUCGGAUCUCAUCUAUAGUAUGAUUCGAGCAUGUGAUACUGAUAGGGCGUGCCUCCAUUUGGUAUAUGAGAUGUGGGAUUCCAUGAUUGAAAAAGUCAAAGUGGAAAUCUAUAAGCAUGAAGGAAAGUCUCUCGAUGAGUAUAGUGCUUUCUACCAAGUAGUAUACAAUAUUCUUGUGGCACGUUGGGCAAAGAGUUCUACACCGCUUCACUGCUUAGCCCAUUCAUUGAACCCAAGGUAUCAUUAUUAGUUAAACAUGAUAUAUAUAUAUAUAAGUUUGGCUUGCUGCGGAUCCCGCUAGGGUCCCUCCUCAUAGGGAUGGUGAGAUCUCCCAAGAAAGGAUGAAAUGCUUCCGAAGGCUCUUUCCAAAUGGUGAUGAUUACGAUAUGAUUUUGGAGGAGUUUGCUUCGUUUUCACUUAAGACAGGGCCUUUUGCAGAUAUUACAUCUCUUUCAAAGAGGGGAAACACAGAUCCUAAAAGUUGGUGGGCUAACUUUGGUGCUCAAACACCAAUCCUACAAACGCUCGCUUUUAGAGUUCUUGGUCAGCCUACAUCUUCAUCAUCAUGUGAACGUAAUUGGAGUACUUACUCUUUUAUCCAUUCACUUAGGCGGAACAAGUUAACUCCUAAGCGUGCUGAAGAUUUGGUGUUUGUGCACAACAACCUUCGCCUCUUGUCAAGGAGUUCUGAGCAAUACGCAGAUGAGAAGACCAAGAUGUGGGAUGUUGGAGGAGACGAGUUCGGCAAUUUGGAAGAAAUGGGCUAUUUGGAGUUUGCUAAUUUAUCUUUAGAUGAGCCGGAAUUAGAGAGAGUGUUUAUCACUGAAUGAAACAUUUACGUAAUGC